AUGUCAGUAUGGGCCAGCGGAGUUGUAAAUUCAGUGAGAGACAAAGCCAUACGGCAAGUGGAUGAAAAAGUGAUGCCGUUCGGACUGAAAUUGGGAGACUUCUCCAGCCUGUUGUCUGCGGGAAUUGAAGAGGAUUCUGGUGAUGAAAGUGAGGUUACGAUGUUGGAAGAGCCCAGUGUUGGCGAGAUUGUGAUUCAAAAACGUAGGGACAUGGUGCUUGGUGAACGCAACAAAACCAGCAGCACAGAAUACACGGUGGAGAUCAGCCUCCCCAGCUGGUUGGACGAAUCUGCAGUGGAUGCACCUACAGUUGCAGUAGGAGUAGAGGAACUUGCUAGAAGUUUUGACAAGGCCUUGACGGACAAUCCGGAAGCGUUUCAAAGACAUUAUGCAAGUGCUCUGGCACGUUUGAUGGACGGGCCGGGAGACAAAGAUACAUUUUUGGAUGAAGUUUACUUGGAACUGGAUCCUGAGAUCAAGUUCAGACUAUUCAAGCAGUGUUUGGGUGAUUCAAGGUUCGUGGGAGCGUUCAGAAACUGGGCCAAGAAAGAUUCUGGUCAGAGUCCACCUCGACAGCAACCGGAAUCUGAUUACCACAAAUUUCUGAAAGACGGUUAUGGGUUAAACACAGGGUCACAUGGCAAUCUUCAGAGCGGGUAUACGUUUGAGGAGUUUCUAUUGCGAGUUAUCGACUCUGUCUUGACCAUAGCGUUGAGUCUGUGGAGUCGGUUGUUUCUGGCAGUGUAUCCUCUGAUUGCUGUAUUUUGGCUAGAAGCCAGGAAACUCAACCAGAGGUACGAGGCUACCAACAGACUUGCCAGGUUUUCCAUGAGACUGGUGUUGUUAGUUCUCGACAAGCUAGUUGCUCUAGUUGGAGUGGGACCGAUAGGUAAAGACCAAAACCCAAAAAGGACCAAGAACAACAAGAGAACCGCCCAGGGCAAUAAGAUCGCCUGGGACUAUGCCAAGCCGGCACUGGACUCUAUUUUCGAUUAUGCCCUUUCUACUUAUCGAGAGGGGUGA